AUGGAGAGAUCGAGAUCUAAGAGGUUUUAUUAUGACCAGGACUAUGAUUCCGAAACCUUACACUCGAGAACGAAACCACGGUACAGUGGCGGCGGAGUGGGAGGAGGACAACAUUUUGUUUCUGGUAACCACCGCCGAUCUGUUGGGGGAGGUGGGAGUGGGGGUGGUGGCGGCGGCGGCGGCGGACGGAAAAUGCAGGACCUUUCUUUGAUGGUAACCACCAGCUAUAGAAUUCUUUGCCACGAUUUAAAGGCUGGGGGUGUUAUUGGAAAAUCAGGGAGCAUUAUAAAGGCCAUUAGGCAGCAUACUGGGGCGUGGAUUAAUGUGCACGAGCUGAUUCCUGGUGAUGAAGAGAGAAUUAUUGAGAUUUCUGAUACAAGGAGACGGGACCCUGAUGGCCGGAUGCCUGCAUUCUCGCCUGCUCAAGAGGCAUUGUACUUGAUUCAUGAGCGCAUUUUGGAGAACGAUGUUGGAGGGUUUAAACAUAAUGUGGGGUUUGCGGAUGAUCCAAAUGACGAGUAUGGGCUUAGGGGUGGUGGUGGUGGAGGGAAUGGUAAUAAUGGUAACCGGGUGGUGACGAGAUUGGUAGUGUCGCGAAUGCAUGUGGGGUCGUUGCUUGGAAAAGGUGGGAAGAUAAUUGAACAAAUGAGGAUUGAGACUAAGACACACAUUAGGAUUUUACCCCGAGAUCACACAUUGCCACGUUGCAUCGCAAUGUCAGAAGAGAUUGUUCAGGUUGUUGGUGAUAUGAAUGCUGUAAAGAAUGCUGUAGCAAUUAUUUCUUCACGCUUAAGAGAGAGUCAACAUCGUGAUAGAGGCCAUUUUCAUAAUCGGCUACAUUCGCCUGAGCGUUUCUUUCCUCCAGAUGAUAAUUUUAUUUCUAUUAACUCUACAUCAAGAAAAUCAUCUGUGGAAGGACCAAGUUAUGGAUCAAGGAUUCCUGCUGGUUCCAGGAGCAAUAACUAUUCUUCGCAUUCAUCUGGAUAUCUUACUGAAUCUGUCCCUGAAUCUGUGGCUGACAAUGCGCAAGCUUUCUCUAGUGAAGAUCUCGUGUUUCGAAUACUUUGCCCAGUUGCCAAGGUUGAUAGUGUUGUUGGGGAGUCAAAUGGGUUUAUGGAGUUGCUUCAAGAAGAAAUAGGUGUGGAUGUUAAGGUUACAGAUCAAGUUGCUGGCACGAACGAACACAUAAUUAUCAUUUCGUCUGAGGAGGGCCCUGAUGAUGAGCUGUUCCCUGCUCAAGAAGCUUUAUUGCAUAUUCAAACACGCAUUGUCGACCUCGUCCCAGAAAAAGAUAACAUUAUCACCACUAGGUUACUUUUGCAGUCAGAUGAAAUUGGAUGCUUAGGGUUAACAGAUGGAUCGUUUCCUGAGAUGAGGAAAAUAACCGGUGCAAACAUACACGUCUUGCCCAUGGAAGAACAUCCAGCAUAUGUAUCAAAGACUGAUGGAAUUUUACAGAUUGUUGGGGAGAUCAAAGCUGCUCGAGAGGCUUUAGUCGAGGUAACAUCAAAGCUAAGGAGUUACAUUUUUCGAGAAUUCCUUGAACUGGAUGCUCCAACUCCCAUUUCUGCUCCUAACCCUGCGGAGGUGGAACACAAGGCAACUUCUAGCAACAGCAUUACUCAAUGUCCAGAAAUUCGUUCCGGAUAUAGUCCAACCAAAUCAACUCAUCAGAGUACACCAACUUUAGUAACGGAACAGCAACCAAAAGAUGUGGGGCCCUCGGGUAUUGAAACGGUAAAGCAAAAUGGAAGUGAACGUCGUGAAGAUAUUCCCAAUAUAUUGAAUAGAAUCUCUGUACCACUCGUUACCAGAAGUACACUGGAAAUUGUUAUAACCCCAAAUGUGGCAUCCAAACUCGUAACAAAAUCAAGAAACAAGCUAACUCUCAUCAGUGAGCUAUCAGGAGCGAAUGUUAAAUUGAUGGAAGAUAGACCGGAGGUAACGGAGAAGAUCAUUCAAAUAUCAGGUACUCCAGAGCAAGCUGAGAGAGCUCAGAGCUUGCUGCAAGGAUUUAUUUUGAGCACCGAGGAAGAUGGCCCUUAG